AUGUCCAUUCUCAUCACUGGCGCCGGCGGCUACGUCGGACAGGAACUGGCUGCUUCCUUCCUUGCAAACACACCAGCUUCAACUACUGUGACAAUCACCGAUGUCGUCGAACCCGCCGUCCCCGAGGCGGCGAAAGAGCACGCCAGUCGCUUGACAUGCAUCCGCGCCGACUUGACAUCUCCUAAAGAGGUGGACAAUCUGAUCAGCUCCGCUCACCAAUACGAGACUGUAUACCUCCUGCAUGGAAUCAUGUCUAGUGGCUCCGAAGCCAACUUCGAGCUGGGCAUCCGAGUUAACCUCGACGCUACGCGAUACAUCCUUGACAGACUACGUGCCACCAUGCCUGGAGUGAAGGUGGUCUUCACAUCGUCACUGGCAGUCUACGGCCCUGCACCGCCGGGCUUUGUCAUUGAUGAGACCAACUUCCCGCCCGUUCCCUCGUCCUCCUACGGAUCGCAGAAGCUCAUUGUCGAGACGCUCUUGAACGACUACUCCCGACGAGGAUUCCUGGACGGCCGAUGCGUGCGACUGCCGACAGUGACCGUUCGAGCCGGAGCGCCUACCCAGGCUGCAAGCAGCUUCGCCAGUGAUAUUAUCCGUGAGCCAUUCCAUGGCAAGAAGGCAAUUCUGCCUGUGGGCAAAGAGACCGAGAUGUGGAUCUGCUCGCCGCAUACCAUCAUCAAGAACCUAGUCCACGCGCGCGAUAUUCCAAAAGAAGCGUUCGGCGAGUCGCGGUCGGUCAACCUUCCUGGUUUGAAGGUUAGUGUCCAGGAGAUGUUGGAUGCCUUGGAGGCAAUUGGUGGCAAGGAACGACGGGCGCUGGUGGAGGAGAAGUACGACGCGGCUACCGACAAAAUCGUGCAGUCGUGGACUCCUCAGUUCUCGACCGAUCGCGCGUUCAAGCUUGGGUUCUCUGCUGAUAUUUCCAUGACGGAGAAUAUUAGACAGUUUGCCAGCCGAUUUGUAUGA